CGGUCGAGAAAUUUGUUAGUGUAAUUUAAAGUCAGUAAUUUCUUCAGUUGAAUUUUAAAAUUACCAUGAUAUUGCAAAAAGUCUUCAAUUGCAUUGCUUUAUUCAGUUUUUUGUUGAUGGUAAGAAAAUCAGCAGCUGCUGAUGAGGAACAGUUAGAUGGUGGUCGGUUUCAAAACAUUAGAAAUGUUGAGUUCGACUGGAUUCUUACGAAGCAAGUAUUUGCAGAAAAGUCCAACGCAGUGAUUUCACCGUUUCUUGUAAAAUUGAUGCUAGUUCUUUUGUACGAAGCUACCGGAGUUGGGGAGAUUUCCGGUGCGAACCCACUCAGCACAGAGCUGCGACUAGUGCUGGAACCAAAUGGAGAUCUUCAGGAUACCCGAACAAACUAUCAACAGCUGCUGGAGUCAGUUUUGAAAUCGGACAGCAUGUACGAUGUUCGCUUGGACACCAAAUUCUUCUUGGAUGACUUUAUUGACGUAGCCUCAAAGUACGAACUCAUCGUGGAGCACUUUUACAAUGCUUCUGCUGAGAAUGUGCCCUUUUCGAAACUACGGGAGGCAGUUGAGGUGAUCAACGAUUGGGCUAACUCCGUUACGCAGGGACGUAUCAAUAAGCUGGUUAGUGAAGCUGACAUCACCAACUCAGUUAUCGCGUUGGCCAGCAUUGCUUCCUUCAAAGGACAGUGGAAAUCCCCAUUUCCAGCAAGUAAUACAAGGCAGGGUAUUUUCAACGGGGUUCAAGUAGAUUACAUGCAACAGAUCGAUCUGCUGUAUUACGAUGAUUCGACCACGCUGGGAGCUCAGUUGCUUCGGAUGCCAUACCAGGGUGGGAAGUUCGCCAUGUUCUUUAUACUACCUCACCAGAAUCAAACCGUUGAUGAUGUACUGGGUCGAAUUACGCCGCAAGUUCUGCACCAAGCGCUGUGGUACAUGGACGAGCUGGACGUCAACGUUACCAUUCCCAAAUUUAAGUUCGACUUCUCUGUACAGCUUAGUGAAUCUUUACAGAAGAUUGGAAUUCGAGAAAUUUUCUCUAUGGACAGAACCUUACCCUUACUGGCACGUGGAAAAGGGGCAAGAGAUCAGGUUAGAAUAUCUCAGGUAUUGCAGAAGGUUGGAAUCACUGUUGACGAGACGGGAAGCGAUGCCAGUGUGGCUGGAGGCAUUACUUUGACCAACAAAGUCAACACUGUUCCAGAUGGUUUGCAACUGUUCAAUGCCAAUCGACCUUUUGCGUUUUUCAUCGAGGACGAGGCAACUGGUUUGUGCUUAUUUGCUGGCAAAGUUGAGAACCCAACACAAUUGUAAAGAGCAUUAAAUCCAAACUAAACCCAAACAAUUUGCCAACAGCA